UGCCUGAGUGGAGAAAGGAGGCCGCGGAGGGGCCUGGUGGGCGCAUGCGCAGUGGCUGCCCUCCUUCUCUGAGGCGAUAUAAUACGACGGUCGUUCGACCUCUAGGCCCGGAUCCAUGGCCCUUCGCGCGGGGAGGCAGUGUCUCUCCAGAACACUGGGCACUGAAAAAAGAGAGGGAGAGGCUGAAGACAGGGUUCCUUUCCACAGGGCCAGAAAUCUUGUGUUAGAGGAAGGAGUCAGACAGAGGAACAGGUCUGGGAGCAGGCUAUUUUAUAACAGAACAAAGGGUGGUUUGGUCGCUAUGCAGAGUUCAGAUCCUAAGGACGACAGCACCGACUUGAAAAACGAAAAUAUGGGUAAGGACAGUGAAGCAAAGGGUGAGAAGCCAGCUGAUUUUAGCACAGAGAUCAUGAGUGUCACAGAAAUGGAGCAGUCCCCUGAUAAUUCUCCUGCGGCAAACACUCAGGAAGAGGCUCCUCCGCAGGACAGUGAAAUGCUGGACACUGAACCAGAAAAGACUGCUGACUCCGAGCCUUCGUUCCCUCCUGACUUUGAAAAGUUCUGGAAGGUGGUUGAAACCAACCCACAAGAUUUCACAGGCUGGGUCUAUCUCCUGCAAUAUGUAGAGCAAGAGAACCAUUUACCAGCUGCCAGGAAAGCCUUUGACAGUUUUUUCACACAUUAUCCGUAUUGCUAUGGCUAUUGGAAAAAAUACGCAGACCUGGAGAAGCGGCACAGCAACAUGAAGCAGUCAGAUGAGGUGUAUCGGAGAGGGCUGCAGGCAAUACCUCUUAGUGUUGAUCUCUGGAUCCAUUACAUAAACUUCCUCAAAGAAACACUGGAUUCCAGUGACGAUGAAACCGUUGGGACCAUCAGAGGGACCUAUGAGCACGCAGUCUUAGCUGCAGGUACGGACUUCCGCUCAGACAAACUCUGGGAAAUGUAUAUAAACUGGGAAAAUGAACAGGGCAACUUGAGAGCUGUCACUGCUGUGUUUGACCGCAUUCUUGGGAUUCCAACUCAGCUGUACAGCCAUCACUUCCAAAGGUUCAAAGAGCAUGUGCAAAACAAUCUACCCCGGGAUAUUCUUUCCACUGAGCAGUUUAUUCAGCUGCGCAGGGAACUGGCUUCUGCUGCCAGUAGCCAUAAUGGGGAAGAAGCACCCCCUGGAGAUGACCUCCCUUCCGGAACUGAAGAUAUAACUGACCCUGCAAAGCUGAUCACUGAAAUAGAAAACAUGCGGCACAGAAUAAUUGAGAUUCAUCAAGAAAUGUUCAACCACAAUGAGCAUGAAGUCAGCAAGAGGUGGACCUUUGAAGAAGGGAUCAAGCGUCCUUACUUUCAUGUCAAACCCUUGGAGAAAACCCAGCUGAAGAAUUGGAAGGAGUACUUGGACUUUGAGAUUGAGAAUGGGACGCACGAGCGAGUGGUGGUUCUCUUUGAGCGCUGCGUGAUCUCCUGUGCCCUCUAUGAGGAGUUCUGGAUCAAGUAUGCCAAGUACAUGGAGAACCACAGCAUCGAAGGGGUGAGGCAUGUCUACAGCCGGGCCUGCACAAUACACCUCUCCAAGAAACCCAUGGUGCACCUGCUCUGGGCUGCAUUUGAAGAACAGCAAGGGAAUAUCAACGAGGCCAGAAGGAUUUUGAAGAUCUUUGAAGAGAAUGUUUCAGGAUUGGCCAUGAUUCGCUUGCGGAGAGUUAGUUUAGAACGGAGACAUGGGAACAUGGAAGAGGCCGAGCACCUGCUCCAGGAAGCUGUGAAGAAUGCCAAGUCGAGCUACGAAGCCUCCUUCUUUGCUGUCAAGCUCGCGCGUCACCUCUUCAAAAUCCAGAAGAGUCUCCCCAAAGCCAGGAAGGUCCUCUUGGAGGCCAUUGACCGAGACAGGGAUAACCCAAAGCUUUACCUCAAUUUGCUGGAAGUAGAGUAUAAUGGAGACCUGAAGCAGAAUGAGGAAAACAUCAUUGCAUGUUUUGACAAAGCCAUCAGUGGAACUUUGGCUGUAAAAAUGAGAAUCAUAUUUUCUCAGCGGAAAGUGGAAUUUCUUGAGGACUUUGGCAUGGAUGUGAACAAGCUUUUGGAUGCCUAUGAAGAGCAUCAAGCCCUUCUGAAGGAACAAGAAUCUUUAAAAAGGAAAGCAGAAAAUGGCUGCGAGGAUUCAGACGAGAAGCGUGCCCACAUCGAUGAGGCAGGGCUUGCGUCUGGGCAGAUGGGAGACGGCGACAUGCAGGCAAACCAGGCCGCCUACAACUACAACGCUUGGUAUCAGUACAACUACCCAAACGCAUGGAAUUACGGACAAUAUUACCAGACCUCCUCCACCUGAGCAGAAGCAUCCAAGCGGCAGAAAUGGCAGGUGGAAGUGUUUUGUUAUUGUAAUUAAUUUUUAAAAAAGAAAUAGGGGAUGUGAGCCAACCCUCCUUGAUCCUUUUCUGUCUUUUCUGCAUGUGCAAUGAGGUGACGAUGUCCACAGGGUUCUUGUGACAGACUCAUGAUGUGUUGGUUGAUAUGUUGCUCUGCACCCAGUUUACCAGGAUAUUUGACUUUCCCCGAUUCCAAAAUUGUCAGAAAAAGAGACAGGCCAGUUUGUGAUCUGUGGAGAGUGUCCAAAUGUGCAUAAUCUUUACGAAAUGCUGGCCAAAACACAGUCUGCCCUGCUGCGUUCUCAAAGUGGCUGGAGCAGGCUCUCCUCUCCUCCCCUUUCUUACCCUUUUGUUGGGAAGUAAAAUGUCCUCCAGCGCUUCCAAGUCCCCUUCCCAGCCCCGCUCUCUCUCAUCUGGGCCUGUUUAGCUUGACCAGUUUACAAUUGCGGCACCCAAAAGCUGUGAGAUGCUGAAGGAGGGGGGUGGUGGUGGUGGUGCUGCCUAACAGGUGGGGCAUAAUUUGAUUUAUUCUGUUUUUUAAUGUGACUAAAAUGAAGUGUGAUGCUCUAGAACCAUGCUGUGUUUUGGGUGGAUUUUUGUAUUGGAUUUUUUCAUGUGCAAGUUCAGAAUUAUUUUUUCUUUUUGUUCAAAUGACUUUUUGUAAUAAAAAUAAAUUCUGUAAGAAACUGA